CACCCUUCCCCACCAUCAAAAUCCCCAAGGAGCCAGAAACCCCCCAUUUUCAGCCCUUUCCACACCACAACACAACACUGUUGUGUUUUAUCGCUGCUGUUCAUGUAGCUUUAUGCCUGGAAAAUUCCAGGAGUGUGCAACAUUCAGAAAUGCUGACCACCCCACCUUCACCAUCAGAGGUCUGCUGAAGUGGGGCUUUUCAGGAGGAAAUAACCACUUCUGGAAACAGCCACUUUUUCUCUCAGCCCCAAAUGGUGUGAUUACCUUAUUGAAGACUCCAAUGCUUUCAGUGCUGUUAGGCACAGCUAGGAUGGCAAUGCUCUUUCACUGGUCUUUCACCAAAUACCACUGCCACCGUGAGCUUAACCAGAACCUAGGCUGUGUGAUGGCUUUAAUUACCUCUUCACAGGUAAUUAUCACAGCCAUCACUUGCUGCUCACAUAUCACCUGGCUCCAGCUCCCCAAACAAGCUAGAGGAAUGACUCCAUGGUACAAGCUUCGUCCUGCCAAGAGACCAUGUCCACUCCACACUAUUGGAGACCCUCCUUGACCAAGCCCCAGAGCCCUGAGCUUGUGGGUGCUCAGCAAACCAUGACCCAUAUUACACCCCGGGCUCUGCCCACAGCUCUGCAAGGAGCAGACACCCCCAAGCCCCCAUGCAGCCUGGGGAGCUGGUACCCAUGGGUAAGUGGGUGCAGGUUUUGUCUCACCCCAGUGUCUCUUCCAGCUGCAAGGAGCUGUGCACCCAGCUCCCUGAGGCUGGCGGGUUGGUUGGCUUGCCUUCCCUCUCCAUUUUUCUCUCUUUUUUCUUUUUCCCCUCCCACAAAGCCGAAGUUAGGUGGUGUUUUUUUUUCUCUCCCACAGGUUCAGGUGGAGGUGGAGCACGGGGAGGGAGAGAGGGAUGGCCAACCCCUUCUGCAGGCCUGGCACCCAGUGAUUGGGGAACCCAGUGAAGGGCAUGGACUGAAGAAGGGGGGGGAGAGGAAGAAGGGAGGAGGGAAUAAUAACUUAAAAAAGGAAAAGAAAGCACAGAGAAAAACCCAACGAAAGCACUUGUCUGGCAGUCAGCUCAAGUGGCACAGGGGGAAGAUGGCUGGCAGGAAGACUGGAGGAAUCGCCUGCAGCUGCUCAAGCGUCCCCUGUGUACCUUGACCCCACUUUUGCCUGGAGCUGCGGCUGCUGUGCCACAGCCUCAAUCUACCCUGUGGCAGAAAUAGGUGGACUUUGUCCUCCCGGAAAAUGUGACACCAGGUCCCUUCUUCCACAAUGCCAGCAGCUGAAUGUCUCUGACCAAACCAUGGCAGAUUUUUGCAGUGUACCUCCUGAAAUCCUUGCCCCAGCUGCCAACAAGACACUGGAGCUGGCCCUGGGAAGCCAGGUUGUGCUGAACUGCACUGUGCGCUGGGCAAUUAGUGAGCACUGUGAGCCUGUCCCCACCUGGACCAAGGAUGGGCAGUGGCUGGGCAGUGAGAACAGACAAGACAGCAUGUGGCUUGGUCAAAAUGCCUCCGAGCGUCUCCUUGCCACUGUCCUGCAGGUCAAUCUCACGCGCGAUGCCGAUUUUGGGGUGUUUGCCUGCUGGGUCAGCAAUGCCACAGCCACCUUCACCCUGCGGAGAGGGGAGGUUGUGGGGCAUGUGAGUGCAGUGCUGGCUGCCUUGUUAGUCCUGGCCCUCCUGGUGCUGCUGGCAGGGCUCUAUAUCAGAUGCCGCCUGAGUGUGCUUCUCUGGUACAGGAACCACUACGGCGAGCUGGAGAUGAAUGAUGGGAAGCUGUAUGAUGCUUAUGUGUCCCAUGCCACUGCUCCAGAUGACCGAAAGUUUGUCCACUUCAUUAUCAAGCCACAGCUGGAGAACCGCUAUGGGUACAAGCUCUACCUGGAUGAACAGAACAUCCUGCCUAAUGCUGAGCCAUCAGCGGACCUCAUCAUGAAUGUGAGCAGGUGCCGGCGUCUCAUUGUGGUCCUCUCGGUUGCAUACCUGGAGCAAGACUGGUGCAACAGCAGCUUUAGGGAAGGGCUCUGGAGGUUGCUAGAGCUUUCCAAGAAACCCAUCUUCAUCGUCUUUGAGAGCCAGUACCGGGAGAUCACACACCCUGCCAUCAGCCUGCUGAAACAUCACAGGAGCACCGUGACCCUGCUGGUUUGGCGAGCGGGUUCCAUGACCCCAUUGUCAGACUUCUGGAAGGAGCUGUGCCUGGCCCUGCCACGCAAGGUGGCCUUCCGGGGGACCAUGGGGGACCCACAGACCCAGCUACAGGAGGACAAGGACCCCAUGCUCAUCCUGCACAGCAGCUACUUGGACAGCCGGAGGGACCCCCACCCAGAUGGAGACCUGGGUACAGGCCUACGUGGAUAUGCUUUCAGAAGUCCCCUUCCUCCCCACAUCAGUGUCCUCGGGGGGCCCACAGCAUUGGCCACUGGCACGCAGGAGGACACGCAACUGAAGGACAGCCACCAAUCCGAGAUUGACGUCUCUGACCUGGGCUCACACAACUACGGGGCCCGUACUGACUUCUACUGCCUGGUGACAGAGGAUGACAUCUGAGCAGAGCCAUAGCCAAGCUGCUGAAUCUCAGCAUCCCCACACGCUAUGGGACUGCACAGACUCUGGUCAUGGUUCCAGGAUCCCAGGCACAGUGAAGAACUGAAGAUGGGAGGAGAGGAGCUGGCUCCUAGCAACAUGCUCCAUGGUGAAAAGCCACCACGUGGGGGACAUUCCUAUCCACAGUACCUGGGCACCCUUGGGUGGUAGGUCCUUCUCCCUGGGUAGAAGGGACAUUUUUUUCUGCCUGGUGGACAAACAUUGGGAUUGGUGAUGCCCUUGGAGAAGCAUCAUGCACCCACAUCCCUUUGCCCCUCAUUCCCCUACCCUAAUUGCUUGAGGCAGCAUCACCCUCUGCCCCACAGAAAUUCUUGUGGCAAUAAAAUGCUGCUCUUCCAGUGGGUCUGGUCCAUCUGCAGGGACAUGGAUGACACUGGUGGAUUCCACAAUGAGCGGUGAGGCAGUAUCCACAGGUGCUAACAGGUGCUAGCCAAGCACAGGGAUAUUAUUCAGGGUCUUUAUUUGGGGGAUACACAGUGCACAGCCUCUAUGUGGAGAGCUGGUGGGACAAAUGCACUGCCCCAUUCCCAACAGGUCCCAACAUGUCGCAUCCAGUAGGGGGGAGGUCCCUUGUUUCCACUCUGCUCACUCAUUCCCUC